UCCAAACUCUCAGCCUGAAAUCAUUAACAAAAAUGGGUCAGUGCACUUCUUGAACAGAGGAAGACCAAGAGAUUCAGAUCGAGGAGAGCCAGAAUGCUUCUAAAGACCAAUACUGGAAGACCCCAGUGAAUAAACUCACAAAGAAGUUUAUCCCAGACGAUAAGAAGACCGAAGAAGCUCUAGGAGACGUAGAAGAACAGAUUAAUCCCAAAAGAGUUCAAUUGGCCUUUAGUAAAUAAAAUAACAGAGAAAUAUCACAAAAGAAAGACUGUAGCUUCCAUCGAUGACUGGAUUCCCAGUCAGAAGGAAGAACCUGAGAGCUUUCAAGAGUAUGCAGAGUCUGACUACAACAAAGUAUCUACUGAGAGUCAUACUGUUUAUAUCCAGCCCUUGGAUACCUCAAUGACCAAAGAAUUCCUAUCCACUUGUCAAAAGUACUGUUUAGCUUACUUCUACCCACUUCCCGUUGUAAUAUCCAAAUUUCGAGAUAUCACAAAGUCAAAAAUCAGGAACAGGAAGUGACUACAAGGGUUCGUUCAGUACCAUAGUGGAGACAUCAUGAAGAGGGCCAAGAAGUGGAUCCCUGAUGAUGCUUACUGCAUGAUCUGUAUCCUCAACAUGGACUUGUACCCUCAAGACUCUUGGAACUUUGUGUAUGGCCAAGCUUAUCUGUGGGAGAGGACUGGAGUCUUCAGCUUUGCGAGGUAUAAUCCAGAGUUUUAUGGAGAAGACCAUGGCAUGAGUGGUGAAGAGCUGAGAGAGCUGGUCAUGUUCAGAAGUAUAGGGACUAUGGUUCAUGAAAUAGGCCAUAUGUUUGGAAUGGGGCAUUGAGUGUAUUAUGAAUGUGCGAUGAAUGGUUCUAUGUCAGCUGAAGAAGCAGAUAAGCAGCCAAUGCAGCUAUGUCCGAUAUGACUUCGUAAACUCUGGCAUAACAUUGGAUUCGACCCCCUUGAAAGAUAUCAGGCUUUAGUUGAAGCUAGUAGAGUGAGCUCAAGUUUUGACGAGACUAAAGGAUGGUAUUCUAAAAUAGUCAGGCAUCUCAAAAAAAUUUAUGCAAAAGAAGUGCUGGAGGAACCAUUUACAAAGGAUUAUGAAAAUAAUAUCAACGAGACUUCUACAGUUAAAAAACAAAGCUAAGUGCAUAUUUGUAGAUUUUAGAAGAUAUUCUAUUAAAAUUUCAG